AUGAACAAAUUAGAACCAGUGAUCCUCGAAUCUCGAAGAUCAAAAGGAUCUUCAACAUCCAAUGAUGAAACUUCAUCUGCUAAAGAUUCACAAAAUGAUACCUCUCCGACUUUAUCAACUCUUUCUCAUGAUCAACCAUUACAAUCCUAUUCAGUAGAUACCUCCUACGACCCUCUUUACGCCAUGGAAUACACUUUGACUCUCAACCAGGCAGAAGCUGCCGCUGCAUCUGAUCCAUAUUCUACCGUAAAAGAAUUAGUGUUGAAGGUAUUCUCUCGCAAUACCACAUCUCCUCCACAGCAUAAGUACACCUUGGAUAUAUCUGAACUGAAGGGCGGUAUCACAAAUGUGCUUCUUCAUGGUGUUUAUAGGACCGCUGGUGUUACAUCACCUAUUGAGAGACAGUUUCUAGUUCGCGCCUAUGGUAAUGGUACCAGUGCUAUUAUUGAUAGGGACAGAGAAUUUGCGACUCAUCUGAGUUUGUAUUCUCUAGGCUUGGCCCCUCCCUUGUACAGUCGAUUUGCCAAUGGACUUAUUUAUGGUUUCAUCCCUGCCAAAUCCUGUCAUUAUACUGAUCUGUCUGAUCCGGAAAUUAUUCGUGGUGUAUCCAACAAACUGGCAGAAUGGCAUGUCAAACUGGAUAGAGAUAUCAUUCAAACCCAAAUUAUAGACACCAAGCGGAAAUUCUCUUCUCAGCCAGGCCGCACUCCAAAGUUUGCGACAGAUAUCUGGGACGUUUUAUCCCAAUGGAUUGAGACCAUGCCCACUGGUGUUGUAAAUGUUGAUAAAGCUGAUCUCAAGCGAGAACUGGUCUGGAUCAAAGAGACUAUUGGUAACGUGAGCCCUGAAGUUGUGUCUCAUUGCGAUCUUUUGAGCGGUAACAUUCUCGUCCCCGAACAAUGGGAAAAGUCAGACUAUCAGACUAUUUCCAGCGCAGAUGUGUCAGAGUUAGUUUCAUCUAAAGCACCAUACAGUCCUUCACAGCUUGUAACCUUUAUCGACUACGAAUAUGCUAUGCCUGCACCCAGAGGAUUCGAUCUUGCAAACCAUUUCAUGGAAUGGCAAGGGUUUGAAUGUAAGACUGAGCUUAUUCCAGAACCAUCUAAAUCGAAUCCAGUGCUACGCUAUUGGGCUUUCCAUUACCUUUCUGCCUUGAGCCACUUUUCAGGAAGCUCAGCAUCUGCACAUGUCACCGAUGCCGAUAUCGAUAGUCUCAUCCAAGAGCUGGUCUCCUGGUGGGGUAUGCCCGGAUUUUACUGGGGUAUCUGGUCUGCUAUUCAGUCUAGUAUCAGCGACAUUGAUUUUGACUACAAAAACUAUGCCACGCUGCGACUUAACGAGUACUAUGCCUGGAAGAAGACUUACGAGAAAAAUUGA